CUCCUCUUUGUCAAUUUAGUCUGCCUAGCAGCGAACUUUCCUAUUCCGGUUUCUUUUUCUCUUUCUCAUUUUAGGAAUAAUCAUCAUUUUGUGGCCCUCCUUUCCUCUGUAAAGAAGAAAUUUCGAAACAAUUUCCAUAUCUAGAUAGAGAUGCUGAAGUGGAAGAAAAGGUUUAGCAGCAGCAAUGCUAGCAAAGAUGAGAUCAGAAGACGUGAAUGUCUUUCUAAGCUGAAUGAGUCAUUAGUAAAGUUGGAAGAUAAAGAAAAAAUUCUUCAGAGCAAAAUUUCAAUUGAGAAUGAAAGGACAAAGAAUUUUACCAAGUCUAGAAACAACAAAGCCGUGCUCGAGUGUAAGAAGAGAAAAUCUUUUUAUGAAGCGCAAGUGGAACAACUAGAGAUCUUCCGUUUACAAAUUGUUGAUCAGAUGAGAAUGCUCAGGGACGCAGUGGAGAUGGCGGAAUGAUGUUCCCAUCAGAACCUCAGGAGUUGAAGUAAUCUAGCGGCCAAUUUUAAACCCGCAACUUGUUCUGUUUUAUGUUAAGUGUUGCAGUCUUCUUCUUGUUGCAGUUUAAACCCGCAACUCUUGUGUCAAUGAUGCAGGGAUAUCAAAUGUAUUAAGAAAGCUGUGGUUUGAGUUAUAAUGAGGUCUUAGAAGAUUCCUUUUGAAGUUAUCUCUUGCCGCUGAUACCAAUGAGGUUCGAGAUUUUAUCUAUUGUUUUCCAGAAAUAGUUGGUAAGAUGGGCUUCCAAGCCAUUCUUGCCUGUAAAUGCUGUAAAGAUGGAAAACUUGUAUAUAUUAGUGAGAGAAUUGUAGAUGAAAAAUGAUAUCUUUGAAAGCAUUUUUAGAAUCACUGAAGCAGUACUAUAACUUUUUCAAUGGCACA